AUGGCUCAGAAGAGCCCCACGGUCAAUGGCAAUAACCUGCCCUACGGAGACCUGGCCUCCGAGGUGACCAGGCGCAGAGUCACCAUGGCCACCAGAGAAGAGAGAUUUACCAAGAAAACUGAUGAAGCCAGGGAGAUACCCUCCACUCUGGAUUUGGAGCAAGUCCCUGCUAGCGUGGCCGGCCCUGCAGAACCCCCUGCACCUCCUCCUUCACCCGUGGAGGACUACAGAGUCUAA